AUGAUAGUCACUGGUUGGAAUAAUGGCUAUGAUUAUACUCAAAUAUCGAUGGAUCUUUGUAAGUUUCGAGGUUAUGGAUUUGUAUUGAGUGUUGUGUUAAGUCGGCAUUUUUUAUGCUUAAUAUUAUUGGAUCGAUGGAUGAUAACAUCACGUUCAGCUUCAUUAAGAAAUAAAAGUUCUCUUAAAGUUGGCCGAUGGGUGAUUCUUUUUAGUUUUGUAUUUUGGAUGUUAUUUUCUUUACAAGUUCCAAUUGGAAAUCCAAGUGCACCAGGUUUCGGUUGUGGGCCAAUGCCAGGUUCCACUUAUCAAAUGUUUUAUUUGAUUUAUACAGUUGUUAUUGGAAUUCUUCCUCUGCUGAUUAUGAUGGUUUUAGUUCUGUUAAUAAUGAAAAAUUUACGAAAUAGAGGUCGAGCAAUUCACCCAAGUGCUUCUUUAACACAACAAACUUCAAAUCAUUUGCCAGUAAGACAAUCCCGAAAUGAUUUUCAACUAAUUCGACUAAGUGUAAUUCAAAUACUUUGUUUUAUUCUAUUCAAUGUGAUCUACUCAUUAUUUCCACUUUAUUAUUCGUUAACAAUGUCACAAGUAAGAAUCGGUGACCGAGUACCUAUUGAAAUGUUCAUCAGUAAUAUUGGCCAAUGUCUUUUACUUACAUAUGCAGCAGUAACAUUUGCUCUAUAUAUAUUAGCAUCAAGUAUAUUUCGACAAGAGUUUAAAGAAUGUUGUAAAAGAAUUUAUCAACAUGUUAUUCGUACUAUUAGUAAUACUUGA